AGUUUGGCGGUACCAUCUCGAGAUGGUUAGCGUCGAAAGAACCACCUAGACAGCCCAAUCCGAUUUCAUUCAUGUCUUGGAUGGAGCAUAGUAGUACGUUUCGUGAAAUGAUCAAAGUAGCACUUUAAGAAUCUGUUCAAGAUCUUACGCAAUUCAUUCAUUGAACGAUUCGUAAGCACCAAAGACUUUCAAACUAAUUUUGAUUUUUGAAUGUUAUUUAACGAAAAAAGAAACUACAAUGUUUAUCGAAGGCUUCACAGUUUUAGUGCUUUUCAAUUUUUGUGUUAGCAGUAGAUUGCCACUUGAAGUUUUUCAAAGGUACCCUUCUGAACAUCAUCAUCACAAUCACAAAAAUUACUUGAGCAAUGGGAAUUUACAUCGCAAAAAACUGCAAGAGUACAAUGCCAUGAAGGUUUUGUAUCAAGUUGGGACUUCCGAGGAGGAUCUUCCGGAAUGUUACACCAGAUCGGUUUGCAAUAAGGUCGACUUGUACGAUACGCCCUGGGUGGAAAAACAAUGCAGAUGCCCUAAUGGAAGAACUUGCAGCAUGGACAUUUCGACGGAUGAUGGACACACUUUUUCGGAGAAAACGCGACAGUACAAAGUCUGUGAGAAUAUCAAGAAGCUACCAAAGUGCAAGUACUUUCGAGAUACGACAUGGACAAUUACAUUGUAUCCGAACAAUGUCACCGACCAAGUGAUCCACUGUCAUUGCCCAAAGAACGCCAUAACGUACUUAAACCGAAGAAACGCACUACAUUUGCCAAAUAACCAACUGGCAUUUCAGUACCAAUUUUCGUGCUCUCCAGCAACGAGGCUGAGAUGCCAGCGAAAGGCACCUUGCCGCUUGUUUACCGUCCGCAAACGUCAAGAAUUCUUGGACGAAGUGAAUGUAAACACCCUGUGCCAAUGCCCUCAUGCCCACCGAUGUCCGCACCACCAUACUGACUAUGGAGUAAUAUCUGUUAAAAGUUUUACUGAAGAUAUUAUUAAAACCUACAGUGGGUACUGUCUUCCUUCGUAGUACCACGCUAGAGGACGUUGGAGGUUUCGAUCAUUUCAUUGACUCGACAUUUGCUGUUACAACUUGCUUGUUAACACAUCAAAAUUUGUCUCGCAUAUCGAUUUAAUACAAUAACUAUAUUUUUAUUGCUCAAAAUGCACACAUUCUGCGUAGCAAAUAACCACUGGAAAUUUGUUUGUGAUUCGAUGAAAUGAACUCUGGUUGAACGUCUUUAGAUGUUCAUACCACAUUCAUUGUUGAAUUGCUCAGAUACUUUGCAAUGUCACUCAGAUAAAUCAAUGUACAUUCCGUUGCUAAGACUUGAAGAAAUAUUUUAUUUUUGUAUUUAUUUUUAUAUUAUUACGUAUUUAUUUUAAGAAAACUGCUUAAAUUGCUGUAAAUAGGCGUUUGAUUUAGAAGCUUUAAGUCUUGUAUGUUUUAGCGUAUAUACUUGUAAAUAUAUCGCCACUAUAGAUAUUAUAUGUAAAUCGCAAACAUCUACCUGUAAUUCUAUGAAUUCAUCUAAGUUGCGAGCAAACUCGAAUUUUAACUCACAAUCCAGAUUGUAUAAAAACUAUGUUAGAUAUUAAUUGUUUACAAAUUCAGAAUAAACAAUCCAGUCGUUAUUCGGCCAGAACUAUAUUUGAGUUUGUUGACUAGUUUUAGGUGUUCCUGUACAUAAAACGAGGGAUAUUAAGCACUUUUUUGGCACUGUAUAUCUUCCAAGGAGAGGCAGAGUACAUGUGAAAAAUUGUUAAAUAUAUUUGACGUAGCGUUAGAGUUUUUUAAUGUAACAUUAUAUCAUAGGGACAACAAUGUACAAAAUAAAAAUUAAGAGCUAACUUAA